AUGGGCAAUUUCGGAACUGCAGUCACUUCGCUUCUGGAUACUUACACAAAGUGUUUGUCCCUCUUAAAGGGUACUCGCAACCACGAUGAUGGGGCCUCGAGUGAUACUCACUCAACAUUGAGCGCUUCACUUCGAUCUGACCGAGCACGAGUCCGUCGAGUAUAUGCUUCGCGGCUUUCCAAAGAUGGCUCUCAGUUUGAAAGAGGCGAUGCCCCUGCUCGAUCGGCUUUAAGACGAAUUGUCAAGAAACUCACCACCACGCUUACCAGCAUCGUCUCACAUGAUGGAAAGCGACAGCCGGUCAGAUAUGAGUCUCUAUUAGCCCUUUCAAAUGGAUCCAGUAUAGAAGCAGUUCGCACCAUGAAUGACUUGUCGAGCAGGGUAGGAUCAAGAAGCACCAUUUCUCAAAGUAGCGUUACACCAAGGACCGCAAGAGGCAUUCAGGUCACCAACAACAAUCAUCCGUCAGUCGACAUCGACAUCGACAUCGACAUGGAAGCUCCAAAGGUCGGCGCUCAUCAGACAAGCCAACUCCUCAUAACCGAGUCUCAAUAUUAA